UCUCUCUCUCUCUCUCUCUCUCCUGCGUGUUGCACCGCUGAUAGGCCUAGCCCGGGUUCUGCGUAAUGCGGGGGCUUGCUUGAAUGGAUGCCACUCUGGAAUUCAUUUACAGAUGCAGCACAGUGGCUGGAAGUAGAAGAUUUACGUAAAUGAGACAUGUUCGUGGAGGCAGAGGGCUUGCCACUGAGGAAGAGAGCUGCUUUGGCUUUUCUUUUAACCCCCCACUACAAUAACUUUGCUGAUAAGGAGGUGAUAAUUGCAAGGAAUCGCCCACAGGGCUUGUGUGUGUGACGGGGGGGGGGAAACCCCAUGUCAGACCUGUUUGUAAUCCUAUCGCCAGCCAGCGAAUGUGUGCGAGUUUAAGGAAGCAGCUGCUCCUGUCCUGAAUCUUGCCUGUGAAGCGUCUCUGAGGGGGAAGACCAGACUGCUCUGUCAGACUCAUUCAGAAGCUGACCGCCUCACAUUCUUGACAACCAAUAAAGGAGAUGCAGAGAAGACCUUGGGAGGGAUGUUCGAAUGGCUGAGGCUGGACAGAAGCAGGACUGCUUUGUACAGAGAGAUGAUCCAUGUUUACCUGCAACAGUGCAGCUCCAGGGCACCUUUUAAUGAUGCCUCAUUUGGUCCUCUUCAAUAACUCGAGGCCUACACUGAAAAAGGCCCUCCGUUGUGAUUUACAACUCAGUCAGUCAAUGUUCCCCUGCCUCUGACCUCUCUGCUGCCAUGCGGUUAGCCCCAUGAGGCUCCCAGAGCCCCUCCUUGUGUGUCCGUGAGGCCUCCUCCACACUCUAUGGAGGCUGAGCCCAGCCGUCCGGCUGAUGGGGAGCGCUCUGGAAGGCAAGAGCAGCAGCAUGUGACAGCUGAAUCCUCUGUAGGAUCUUGUCCACCUCAGCAGCCCCAGCAGCCUCCUAACCCUCGCCCCGUACACAGAGCGUUGGGCCGCCUGCAGAAUCGCCAACCCAAACGCACUGACCUUCUGCUUCGGUUACAGCAGCAGCAAGCAGUAGCAUGGCAGCAUUCAGACACCCCAGGUCCCUCAGGAGGCAGCUUCUACUCUCCAGCUUCCUCAUCAACCUCAUCUCUCCCGUCUACUUCCUCCACCCGUGGCGAGCAUGGCCAUGGGGUCCCAUCUCAGUCCAGCCAAGAGGGCCCAGAAGGGGUCAGCUCACCCAGAAAAGGGGAGAAGAAACCCCAAAAACCAGGGAAAUAUGUGUGCACUUACUGUGGCCGUCCAUGUGCCAAGCCAAGCGUUCUUCAGAAACACAUUCGCUCCCAUACAGGAGAAAGACCCUACCCUUGCGCCCCCUGUGGCUUUUCUUUCAAGACCAAGAGCAACCUGUACAAGCACCGCAAGUCCCAUGCUCAUCGCAUUAAAGCGGGCCUGGCCUCCAGUCGUGAUGAGCCCAGUUUGAGUGGUCCAGAGGGCAGUGGGGUCGGAGAAGACCCUGAUGAACACACAGAGGGAGAAAGCACUGAGUCUGAAGAAGAGACGGGCCAACACAGGAAAUCCUCCUCGAAGGAGAUGUCGGGCCAGCAGAGGAAGGGAGGGAAGGAGGCGCUGGGAGGCUCAGAGGAGAGCCAGAGGCCUGAAGACUCCCAGGCUGUCAAGCAGAGGCUGGCACUGAGACUUAGUGAAAGGAAACGUGGGCCGAGAGCUUCUCCAGAUGACCCUCCUUCUUCCUCCCUCUCCACCUCAUCUUCCUCUCUGGGCCCUGGCAGUAAGGGCAGCACAGAGUCUGGCUACUUCUCCGGGUCAGGCAGCACCGACCUGUCCCAAGUUAGCCCUCCCAGUGCCAGUGCCAAAACCUACGCAGAAAUUAUUCUAGGGAAAUAUGGAAGGCCAGGGGGGCAGCAGCGCAGUCCGCAUCAUCAGCAGCCUCAUUCCUCCUCCUCAGGGACGGAGGAGAAGAGUAUUCCCUUCGCCGUACCCAAAACCCAAGUCAUAGAACACAUCACAAAGCUCAUCACUAUCAAUGAAGCGGUAGUAGACACUAGUGAAAUUGACAGUGUGAAGCCCAGACGCUCCUCUCUCUCUAGGAAAAGCAGCAUGGAGUCGCCCAAAUUCACCACCCCUAAAGAUCCCUACGCAUUCGAUCCCAAAGGAGAAGCCCCUGGCCCCAGUGGUUUGAAGCAUCUCCCCAAUCCUGACGCAGAUUCACCAGGCACCCAGGAGCUGUCGGGAGUGCCUCUGCUUAGAAGCCACUCGAUGCCAUCCUCUACCAGCCAAGGAGAGCCCUCCACCUCUGGCACUUUGUCUCCAAGAGGUUACCGUCUCUGCCAGUCAUUCGAUGAGCAGCAGGCGGUGGUAGCAGAGAUGAGGGUUGGCCAUGCCCAGCGUAUGCUGAGGCGCCAGCCUGCCAUAGAAGUUCCACUGGGAGCUGAGCUAAUGCUGGAGGAGGCCGUCCCCACUUCCUCAACCAAAGGAGCUGAACAAGCCAGGCAGCCACAUCAACAACAGCAGCAGCAGCAACAGACUCCCAGCCUGUUUGAAUGUGAAGCGUGCGGGGCCCACUUCCAGCACAGCGAAGGCUACGAGGCCCACAGGGGCAUGUGCCCAGGAAAGCAAAGCCUGGAACGGGAGAGCGGGGAUGCAAGUAAAGCAUGCAGGGAGGACCGACCCCAGAUGAUGAUGCACUAUAAGUUCCGAGCGCUGGCCAUGGCGGUGAGGAAGAGGAGAAAAGAGGAAAGUCUGGAGGAGGAUCCUCCCAGUCCCGGAUCUGUAGCCAUUUCGGGAAGCUCUGCAGGCCUCAUUCCUAUGCCAAGCAGACCAGAGCACAGCCAGGCCCUCUCAGGUGUUUCUUCACAGACUGAGCCAAAACAACAACAGCAGCAGCAGCAGGACAGGAAGGGUGUGUCCGUCAUCCAACACACAAGCUCUUUUGAGAAGCAGGAGAGUAUAUCCAUGGAAAGUCAGGAACCAGACCUCAGAGAGAGUCAGCAAACACAACAACCCGAGCCAAAAGCAUCACCCUCUACAUCUCGCCUCAUCCGCCAGCCAAACAUCCAAGUGCCAGAGAUCCUUGUUACUGUGGAGCCUGAUGCUGACAUGCCAUCUGUGUCACCGCCAGUGACGGCAUCCUCAUCCAAGGAGGCAGAGAGAGUGGAGGAGUUCCAGUGGCCUCAGCGUAGCCAGACUCUGGCCCAGCUCCCUGCAGAGAAGCUGCCACCAAAGAAGAAGAGACUCCGCCUGGCAGAAGCAGCGCAGUCCUCCGGGGAGUCUAGCUUUGAGUCAGUGUCUCUGCCUCGCAGCCCCAGUCAAGAGAGCAACAUCUCCCACACUUCAAGCCUUUCUGCUUCCUUUGAGGACACAGCGAGAUCAGAGACUGCCGUCUGGGCCUCCAGUAGCCAAAGCUCGCAGAUGUUAAUGGUGCCGUCCGCUUCCCAUCAGCACCACCAAAGCCACAAGGAGAUGAGGCGCUCGGCCUCAGAGCAGACCCCAGCCAGCCCCCAGCAAACAGAGCAGAUCCCAGAGACCAGGAGUAAGUCCUUUGACUAUGGGUCCUUGUCCCCUCAGCAGUCUUCAUCCUCCUGGAAAGAAAGGAGAAAGUGUCUCCUUGUGAAGCAUGCCACCUUAGGGGAACCUGAGCAGGAGGAGGGGGCCAGCAUGAGUCAGCUGUCCAGAGCAGAGAGUCCAAAGCCUGGGUCUUCCCGCUCCAUCCAUCCUCCUCUCUACUCAGCGGAGGCCGGCUCACGCUUCAGCCUGGAGGCCACGGGGAAAUCGCAGCUGUCACAAACCUUCCCGCCCUCUCAGGAUGUUCUCCCUUUGCAGCAAGCGUUCCCCCCAGGAUCUCUAUCGCAGCUACUCCCCGUCACCACCACAGCCAUCUCUGAAGUGCUGUCAACCCAAAUCAUCCAUAGAGCCUUCUUACAUUCACAGGCAGCACCUCCACCUAUACAGCUCCACCCAGCGCAGAUCCACAUGGCAGAGCAGUUGGGUAUACCAUUCCAUCAGCUUCCUGCUCUAGUUCCUCUCCAGUUUUCUUCCAGGACUAGAGCUAGUCAGGCUGUCUACUUGCCUUUUCCUCCAAGACUUACUGCACAUGUUCCUCUCCCCCCCAGUACAGAGAGCAGACCCUCCAUCUCCUCCAUGUCUUCUGCCCUUUCACAUCAGUCCCUUGUAAGAAUCUCCUACCACCACCCACGGCCCGUUAUCACCACCUGCCUGGCACAGCUUGCACCAGUAGUGUCCCUUGUGGUACCAGUCCGCCUCCAGACCCAUAUACCUACAUAUGCUAGUGCCAUGUACACCACCCUGUCCCAGAUCCUGGCCUCCACCCGCUCACAGGACCCCGUUUCUUGCACAGCUAUGGUCAUCAUGGGACAGGUGGAGCGGGACAAGCUGCAGAGGUCCUACUUGAAGGUCCCGUCCCCAGACAUCAAGAGUCUUCUUCCUCUGUCUCUGCCCACAGAGCUGGCCUCAGGAUCUGGAGAAGGCUACGGUCCACUGGGGGCCGGAGGGAGUAAACGCAUGCUUUCUCCUGCAGCCAGUCUGGAGCUCAGCACUGAGGCCCAGCGGCACCAGAAACGGGUAAAAGAGGAGGAGGAAGGGGAGCAACAUAAGGCAGGAGAGGAGGAGGAAGAGGAGGAGGAUGUAGAACAGAAGGUAAGACAGGAAGAGGAAAGUAAAUCCACUGGGAGAAAACUGGAAGAGGGGGAGAAGAAACAGCCAGAGAGGGUGGAGGUGACAUCUGUGAAAGUGGAGGAAGAGCAGGAGCAAAUACCAAGAAAACAUAAUAGGGAGGAAAAGGAGGAGAAGGAGGAGGAGGAGGAGGAGACUACUGAAAAGACAAGUAAAAAAAAGGAGGAGGUGCCAGUUGUGGAAGAGGCGGUUCAACAACCAGCCACCCCUUCAUACCCCAGCCUCCACACCUCCACCUCAGUCAACUGGUGCUACCUGAACUAUGUCAAACCCAACCCGUCCCCCCUGAGGGACCCACGCAGCUCCGUCUACUCCACCUGGAGCGUCAGCAGUCACAACCCCAACCUGCCCGGCCUCAGCACGAAGGUGGCGUUGUCACUGCUCUGCUCCAAACAGAAACACAGCGCAGAGACGUACACCAUGGCCAUGGCGCCGAGCCCGGCCAAGAGCAAACUGGCCCCUGCUAGUAGCAGGACCCCACGUGUGUCAGAGGUACAUGCCACCCCACCCAGCACCGUCACUAAAGUAAAGGAACAUCCGCAGCAUGACCAGGAGGAAAAUAAAGAGAUGAGAGAAGAGGAAGAACCCUCCACCUCCAAACAGAGCGAGCCCUCUCGUGUUCGCAUCUUUGAAGGCGGGUAUAAGUCCAAUGAAGAGUAUGUUUAUGUGAGAGGUCGCGGCCGGGGCAAGUACAUAUGUGAAGAGUGUGGCAUCCGCUGUAAGAAGCCCAGCAUGCUGAAAAAGCACAUCCGAACGCACACCGAUGUCCGUCCAUACAUUUGCAAACACUGCAACUUUGCCUUCAAAACCAAAGGGAACCUUACUAAACACAUGAAAUCAAAGGCUCAUGGGAAAAAAUGCCAGGCAAUGGGAGUAUCUGAGUCAUCAUUGGACGAGCCAGAGAGCGAGGAAACAGCAGGAAGUGAUGAACGCGUGUGUGGCUCAGAGGAACAAGAGGAACAUCAGUUUUCUGACGUGGACGAGUCCGAGGACGAUGAUGACAACGACGAUGGCGACGAUGAGGAAGAGGAGUCCGGAGAUCCGCCGUCCUCCUGCUCGUCAGACACCCACCCGUCAACAGGAGGCCGUUCCAGCUGCAGUCGGCCCUCCCAGCAGGGCACUCCGGACCCCGAGCCCCCGGGCCGCAGUCCCAGCCAGAGUCAGGAGCCGUCCCCGAGGGGACUCUGGCCCAGCAGACGAGCUGCGUCUCCAGGCAGCAGGAGGGCGCUGUUCUCCCGGCGGGGCUGGAAGGCCUCGCCCAGAGCCUUCUCCCCCAGCAGCGAGAGCUGUUCCCCCAGCCGCAGCCUCUCCCCCCGCCUGGAGCUGUCCUCGCCCAUCCACAGCCUCUCCCCCAGGACGGAGCUGUCCUCGCCCAGUCGACAUAUCUCACCGUCCCCGGAGAGAGGACCGUCUCCCAUCAGGCCUCUUUCUCCUCUUCAUCCCAUUUCGCCCACCAGCUACCGGUCGCCACAAGCUCGGACCCCUCCCUCGCCACUCGGGUUACCGCACAGGACCCCUGGUUACCUGCCGUGGGAGAGCCCUGGUACAAAGAGUGGUCAUGUUAAACUGGUGAAGCGGGGUACAGCAGCAGAGGGGCCAACAUUGCCAGAAGCCAGCUUGUUUCCACCUGCUUUCCGUCUCUCCACCUGCGAGGCCUACCCCGGCCCCCAAACACCAGACAACAUCUUCAGCCAUCUUCCCAUGCACUCCCAACAAGCCAAGGUCCCCUAUCUGAUGAUUCCCAUUGGUGGGAUCCAAAUGGUACAGGCCAGACCCAGGUCCCACCCCACCACCCCCUCGUCCCCGACGUCUCCCCCCAUGGAAGGGCCGUCACUUUCCAGAUUUGAAUCAUACUGGGGCGGGACCCCCAGAACUCAAGGGCUUAGGACUCCUGGAGACCACUGGUCUGAGCACCAGAUAGCAGGAACCAGCCAGUCAGGGCGGUGCGUUUUCAGCACAGCACUAACACGUUCCAAACCGGAGUUGGAGACCACGGACUCAAAGCAAUAUGGCAGCUCACAUAGCUCCGCCCAAACCCACAGGCCUGCUGCUGAGACCACCAAACACUGCGUCAGAGACAGUCCAAGAGCACCCCUCAGUCUAGCGGCCCCCGUAGCCUCGCACGCCAUUGGACAGCAGCCGGAGGGGGAGGAGCCAUCGUCUGGUGGUCAUCUGGUGGAGGGAGGAGCUGAAGGAGGCUCGGCCAGAACAGACCAGAGCACUUAACAGUGUCGACACACAUUGAUGCAUCAUGCAUCCCAUUUUGCUUUAUUGGUUGCUACACUAGUCUUGUUUUUUUUAUUGCUUCUUUUUAUACAGUUUUCAAUACUAUUGUUAACUUAAUUGUUUGUUCUUUGGCAAUAUUCAGGUUUGUUAUAAAAAAAUGCACUUUUUUCUUUGUGAAAAUAAUGUCUAUCUAUAUAUAUAAAUUAUAUAUAUAUAUAAAUAUAUCCCUCCUGUAUCGCUAUUGAUACCGGUAAUCUUAAUGUCUGUUUAAAUAUAUGUAAAAGGAAUAUGAAUAAAUUUGUAAAUGACCAAAAUCUUUAAUCAAAAAUAAUUCCAUUGUUUUUGUUUGUCCAAAUUUUGUCCAGUAUUACUCAAAUUGUAGUUACUUGUGCCUUUUCUGUCCAGGUUUGUGUUUCGAGAUGUACAGUACAGAUAGACAAAGAGAAGGCUGUGAAAUUUUAUAUCCUCUUUUUUGUGUUGUUCAGGAGGGUUAAUUAUUUGGUGUUUUGAUUGUUUCUAAAGGCCAUUGCUUUAAUGCCAGGGUAACAGAGAGUCACAUCGUGGUGGUAUUGAAGGAGCAGCAGCGUGUCAAAGGAAAUGCACUGAAGUUCUAUUUUUUAUUACAAAAGAUUUAGAGUAGAAUAUAUCUCUGUACAGGGAAGAGAGCUCCUUAUUUAUUGUUAUUUGAUGACAAUGAUCAUUGUUUCAAGGUUGCUUUUUUAUUACUUUUUUUUUUAUUAUUGGAAAAAGGAUGUUUUUUGUUACAUCUGUGUGUCUUUUUCAUGAUGUUCAUGUGACUUGAAUUGGUGACAGAGAUGAGGGAUUGCGUUUGGCUGGUACCGGAGGAUUAAGUGCCCUGCAGAUUUCACACACAGCAAAAUUUCUAGUCAUUGAAGAAAUAAAAAAUGCACCAGACUCUCUUGAGGUUGUGCCUUUUCUUCCGUUCGCACACUGGUACAGUAUCAUUCUAUUUUAUUACAGCGUAGGAGGUAUAGGUCAAAUGCACAUUUAAUGACUUCCUCGUGUUAUCAGUCACAUUGGAUUGGUUUCCAGAAGAU